CAGCCAUUGGCGGAGGGGCCGGUGACGUCAGCAGCCGCCGCACAGCGUUUUGAGGAUGGUGAAAGUUCGUCAGUGUGCGGACGACUCGCUGCUGGAGACUGAACACGGAGAGAACCAGUGAAGUGGAUGAGCUCGGCUUUGUUUCUGUUUAUCAGCUGUGGGACAUAUCAGCAUCACCUCCACAGCACGGACCCCCCGCUGCUCUCACACACCAGGGUGCAGCUCCUACAGAGAUGGCUGUGUUACUGUGCUGUGACAGGACACUUCUAUUGGCUGUGGUCGUCUGUUUUCUGCCUUGCAUCACUUCCUCCCUCAAUUUGGAGGAUCCCAACGUCUGCAGCCACUGGGAGAGUUACUCAGUGACGGUGCAGGAGUCGUACGCCCACCCUUUUGAUCAGGUUUAUUACACCAGCUGCACCGACAUCCUGAACUGGUUCAAGUGCACCAGACACAGGGUGAGCUAUCGUACAGCAUAUCGCAGAGGAGAGAAAACCAUGUACCGGAGAAAGUCCCAAUGCUGUCCGGGUUUUUAUGAGAGUGGAGAGAUCUGUGCCCCGUUUUGUGCAGAGAGCUGUGUUCAUGGCCGCUGUAUGGCCCCUAACACCUGCCAGUGUGAACCGGGCUGGGGGGGCUCCAACUGCUCCAGUGCUUGUGACAGUAACCACUGGGGACCCCACUGCAGUAACAGAUGUCAGUGCCAGAACGGAGCGCUGUGUAACCCCAUCACUGGAGCCUGUAUCUGCACUCCCGGAUACAGAGGCUGGCGCUGUGAGACCCAGUGUGAAAUGGGUACCUACGGAAACGGGUGCCAACAGAAAUGUCAAUGCCAGAAUGGUGCUGCCUGUCACCAUGUGACUGGAGAAUGCAGGUGCACACCAGGAUACACUGGAGCUUUCUGUGAAGACCUCUGUCCUCCAGGUAAACAUGGGCCGCAGUGUGAGGAGAGGUGUCCUUGUCAGAAUGGUGGAGUGUGUCAUCAUGUGACUGGAGAGUGCUCCUGUCCUGCAGGAUGGAUGGGUACUGUGUGCGGCCAGCCAUGUCCAGAGGGGAGAUUUGGACAGAACUGCUCCCAGGAAUGUCAGUGUCACAACAACGGCUUUUGUGUGUUGUCCACUGGACAGUGUCUUUGCACCCCUGGAUACACAGGAGAACGGUGCCAAGACGAGUGUCCUGUUGGAACUUAUGGUGCUAGCUGCGCAAAGACCUGUCGCUGUAAGAACAACAGCAAGUGCUACCACACCAACGGAAUGUGCCUGUGUGAGCCAGGGUACACAGGCGAGAUCUGUGAUGUGCGACUGUGUCCUGAAGCGCACUACGGCCUCCGGUGUGACAGGAAGUGUCCGUGCUACCCCCAGAACACACAAAGCUGCCACCCGAUGUCAGGGGAGUGUACAUGUCAGCCUGGCUGGUCCGGCCUCUACUGCAACGAGACGUGCACCCCUGGAUUUUAUGGCGUGUCCUGCCAGCAGGUGUGCCAGUGUCAGAAUGGUGCCGACUGCCACGGUGUGAGCGGACAGUGUAUCUGUGCUCCAGGCUUCACGGGUCCCAACUGCUCGAUCCCGUGCCCAGCAGGGACACACGGAGCGAACUGCUCCUCCAGCUGUAACUGUAAGAACCGAGCUCAGUGUUCUCCUGUGGACGGAUCGUGCUCCUGCAAACCAGGGUGGCAUGGGGUGGACUGCUCCAUCAACUGUCCCAGUGGUACCUGGGGUCUGAGCUGUAACCUCACCUGUAUGUGUGGGAAUGGAGGAUCAUGCAACGCCCUGGAUGGUCACUGUACCUGUGCUCCUGGCUGGAGAGGAAAGAAGUGUGAACUCCACUGUCAGGAUGGCAGCUAUGGUCUUGACUGUAAAGAACAUUGUGACUGCAGUCAUGCCGAUGGAUGUCAGCACUCCUCUGGUCACUGCCGCUGUCUGGCUGGAUGGACCGGUAUCCACUGUGACAGUGUGUGUGCAGAGGGCCGCUGGGGCCCAAACUGCUCCCUCCCCUGCAACUGUAAGAAUGGAGCUUCCUGCUCACCUGAUGAAGGAACCUGUGAGUGUGCUCCAGGAUACAGAGGCACCACCUGCCAGAGGAUCUGCUCCCCUGGCUACUUUGGUCACCGCUGCAGUCAGACCUGUCCACAGUGUGUCCACAGUAACGGGCCGUGCCACCACAUUACAGGACAGUGUGAUUGUUUGCCGGGAUUCAAGGGGGCACUGUGCAACGAGGUGUGUCCCAGAGGUCGCUUUGGGAAGAACUGUCUGGGGAGCUGCAGCUGCACCAACAACGGCACCUGUAACCCCAUCGAUGGUUCCUGUCAGUGUUACCCAGGAUGGAUCGGUAGUGACUGCUCCCAACCAUGUCCGCCUGGUCAGUGGGGACCCAACUGCAUCCACACAUGUAAUUGUCACAAUGGAGCCUACUGCAGCGCAUAUGAUGGAGAAUGCAAGUGCACCCCAGGAUGGACCGGCCUCUACUGCACACAGCGCUGUCCUUUGGGUUUCUAUGGGAAGGAUUGUUCUCAGACCUGUCAGUGCAGGAAUGGAGCUGACUGUGAUCACAUCUCUGGACAGUGCACCUGUCGCACUGGCUUCAUGGGACGUCACUGUGAACAAAAGUGUCCUCCUGGUUCGUACGGGUAUGGCUGCCGUCACGUCUGUGACUGUCUAAAUAACUCCACCUGUGAUCACAUGACUGGUACGUGUUACUGCAGUCCAGGCUGGAAAGGACCUCGCUGUGACCAAGCGGGUGUGGUGGUGGUGGGCAGCCUCAACAGUUUGACCAGUGCAGCCAUGCAUGUGGACACCUACCAGAUCGGAGCCAUUGCAGGAAUCAUUGUCCUGGUUCUACUGGUCCUCUUCCUUCUACUCCUCUUCAUCAUCUACAGGAAGAAGCAGAAGGGAAAAGAGCCCACCAUGCCAGCUGUGACCUACACUCCUGCUAUGAGGGUCACUGCUGAUUACACCAUCACAGAUGCCCACCCACCAACAUGUGAGGGUCACCCCAGCAACUACUUCUCCAACCCAAGCUACCAUACUCUGACCCAGUGCAUCAGUCCGUCACAUGUUAACAAUGGUCCCUAUGGAAAGACCAAGAACAACCAGCUGUUUGUGAACCUGAAGAGUGUAGAUCAGCGAAAAGGGAAUCCUCUAACUGAUCACACUGGGACACUGCCCGCAGACUGGAAACAAGGGGAUUGCUUCAACGAACUGGGAGCCUACGGAAUUGAUAGACGAUACAUGGGCAAAUCAUUACGAGACCUGGUGAAGGGCACACCCUAUCAUGCCAGUUCCUGUUCCCUAAACAGCUCUGAAAAUCCAUAUGCCACAAUAAAGGACCCCCCCCUACUUACGACCAGAAACACUGAGUGCGGCUAUGUGGAAAUGAAGUCACCAGCCAGACGGGAUUCACCAUACGCAGAGAUCAGCAACAGCAGCCCCAACAAUAACCGGAAUGUCUAUGAAGUUGAGCCGACUGUGAGCACCAUCCCGCCCACUGGAGACGGCCACACACAGUUUGGUCAGGAUCCAUACGAUCUGCCAAAAAACAGCCACAUCCUCUCUCACUACGACCUCCUGCCGGCCAGAGAGAGUCCAUCAUCCGAGGUCAAGGAGCUGGACAGUGAAUGAGGCUUAGGGACUCGGCGCAGAGUUCAGGUCUCACCUCCAGUCAACAGCUCCAGCACUGGAUGUUCCACAAACACACACUUUAUACCCACAUCAUCAUUUUACUUGUUUCUAGCUGUUAUACUUUGACAUUCUCAAUGUCAGUAUGUUUCAUGACUUCAAAGUGGGUAUAAAGUGUUGGAGGCACAGCUGCUGUAUUUUUAUAACAAUAUUUAAACUGCAACAAAGUCUUCGUAGGUCAUUCCAUAAGUCUGGGAGGUAAGGUUUGAUUGAAGAAUGCUUUGAACAAAACAGUUUGGAUGAUGUUCUGUCAGACCUUUACCUUGCAGGUAAAGCCUGCAGCCUCCUUCUGACUGCCUCCCCAAUCUUUCUCCAACAACCGUGUCGUUUGCAUGUCUCCUCAAUGCAACAAAUUGUACUAACGGGGAUUUAAAAAACACACAUUCAGCUUGUGGCAAAGCGUUUGAGGUGUUGAACUUGAUUGCACAGACAAAAAGUGGUCUGCCAUCCUCUCAUACCUCCAUACACCUGGCUAAUUGCUGCCAAAAAGAGGGUGUGAUUGUUGGAUUGUGUUAUUCCUAAGCAGAAGGGGUUUCAGAGGCUGUCAAAUGUUCAGAGCACUUCAUUUCAAGAGAAUAUUCCUUUAUUAUGUUUGUGUAUAACAUUCAAUACCAAGAUCUCUAUUUUGCUUUCUAUCUCUAUUUUUGUAGUUACCGUAUUAAAAAAAUGGCUAAUGUGGUUGAAUAUUAGCAGUUGCAUCAAAUAAUAGAUUACUCUUGAAGUUGGAGUGAUGAAGGGUACCAGAAUCAAGCUGCUGACAGUGUUGAUGUUUGCACAUAGUAAUGACAUCAGUUGUAGUCAGUCAGUGUUGAAAUAGUAUUUAACUUAACCAAAGUUGCAAGUGCCAUUUAACGUUUUUAUAAGUGUAUUUCAAAGCUCUGCAAAUCUGCUUAAUCCAAGUGGUACUGAGCCCAUUUUAGUUUUUCGGUCAUUUCCAUUAUUUCCUGUUCAGUUUAUCAAAACAUCAUAUUGCACAUGUAGGAGCCAUGUAAGAAACUAAAAUCAUAAUUCAUAAAUAUCCGUCAUACAGCUCAGUGGUCGUGAUCCCCAUUCUGUGAUCUCUGUUGCCAUUCACAGUUGCUCCUCUGACCAGCAUGUUCUUCUAUAAAACAGUACUUUGCAUCAGCAACUUCCUGCCACCUCCAUCUGCCUGUCAAAAAGCUACAGCUAAACCCUGCCUCUGUAAUAAGUAGAGCCCAUACAGCCACAUUGGUUGAAGAGACUCUUGCACUACAACAAGCAAGGUGCGGUUCAUGUGACAGUAGCCGACCUUCCUUCCUAAGGCACCUAGACUGUGAGAUUUCAGCAAUCUAAGAAGUGUAUUGCAAUCCAAACUGCCAACCUUUGUAAACUCAGAGGUUACACAAAAAUAUACCAAAAUAAUGAUAAGUGUGUGACCAUCUGCACGUCCACAGUGGUAAACUAUAAGCAAGAACAGAGCCCUUGCAAUAUUGAUAUUUAUAUUUAAGGAAACGUAAGUUGAAGUAGCAGUUACAUUUUGAGGUGGUCACUCUAAAUUUUCGAAUUUGAAUUUUGUGACAGGACAGGUUUGGCACAUUUUUGACCCCCUGAUUUUGGAGCCACAGCCAAAGAUACCUUUCCUUCACGUCAGAACAAGGAUUCAAAACUACCCUGUACACAAGUGUUACCUUGAGUAUAAUAGAGCAGUAGGUUUGUGCCACAUCAGUGAGCACGCAGUGGGACUUUUCUGAGAUCGCACUGGGACUCUCGCGAGCACAUGCUUUAUAUUUUUGAACAGAAAAUGUUAAUCUGAGCAAACACACUUUUGUCCCGUGCGUGCCGUCGUAUAAGCCUGUUAUAUUGAGAGCCGUACGACAGAAAGCCCUUUUUAUAAGUUUCCUCACUUUUUCUUUUCUUUCUUGUUUGUUGACUGUCGAUUUUUGGAAAAUAAACACUUCAAAUAGAUAUUUGUAUAAAGUUGUCCUGGCAGAAUUUAAGCUACAGGUUGUGAGACUAAAAUGAUGUGGUUCGUGUGUUUCUCUUAAAAAAAUGUCCAAAUGCUUAGCUCAAUUUCCUUACACAUUCAUAUUUUUUUCUGAUUACAACAUAAUGUCAAUUAGGUGUUUGUUAAUUGUGUUGAUAUAAUGAAUAACUUUGUGUUGCGUGCAAAUGGAGUGUUAUCUGAUCCAUUAUUUUAACUGUGUAAAAGCAUACAGAACAUGUAGCAUGGUGAAAAUGACCAAUAUUAGAUAGAAAAACCAACCAGUGCGUAGGUCAGCCUAUGUUGUUCAGAAGGAACCUUAAUCUGGGGCUUGACUAAACAACAACCUUACGAAACCUUUUACAAACCAGCAUGUUUCAGAUAGAGCCUACACCAUCAAAUAGGUCAAAGUGAGACUCGCUCCAUAGCUUUUGUAAGGAACAUAAAAACCCUCUUCCUUAUACUGUAAAUGCACCGUACUUAACAAACUAGGACAUUUCAGAUAUGGCAAAAUUUUAAAAAAUUGACUUAUUUUAAAUGGCUUCCUUUCACCAAAUACCCACGAGGCCCUGGACAUGUUUGUGUCUGCACAGGUUUGUGUUCUACACUGUUCUUCUGUUUGGUUGUUCAGCUCCACACAAUUGUAAAAAUGAUGGUAAAGACACAUGUGCUUUACCAUUCACUGACAGCACUGCUAGAACCCAUCGAAGUGCCUGUACCUUGCAUGUAGAUUCAUCACACCCCAUCCCAAAGCAGCCAUCAUUAAGUUUGCAGAUGACACAACCGUGUUGGGACUGAUACACAACGGUGAUGAGUCUGACUACAGGGGUGGAGUCUGCCAACAGUCUGAAUGUUAAUCAAUUGACUGACCAUUUACCCUUUUACAGCCAACAGCAUCAAACACAUGCACGUGCACCAAGACAACUGAAGUGACAUUUGUGUUGCUUAGCAAGCUAGCAAGCUUUAAACAUUGAAUUGAAACUGUCGCCAGCUUCAACCAGUCUUAUUGUUGCUAGUUCCAUUGUACAAAUCGGUAUUCAAACAGUCGACUGCAGUAUUAGGACUGCGACCGGAUCACGACAAAUUUAGAGCAACCGGCCGCAUCUAUGGUCGCAAGCUUUUAAAUGUGUUGAUGAAAACUGGCAAACAAAUACACCACCCUUUAGAGAGGGCUGCAAGUGAGGGCUCCCUCGUUCAGGAUGGACAAAAGGGCACAACAAACAGAUCACAUUUCUGAGCAGUGCCCAUAUUCAGAUCUGCAAAUUGUGGAAACAAAAGCACAGAUUUGACUAUGUUACAUGUUAUACUAUAUUACAUUACAUUCAGUUUCAACAGUGUUACUUUGUCCAGUGAACAUUCUGCACUGGUUUGUCUCUUUUUUUCUGUAAAGUAUUGGUUGUCCUGCUGGAUGCAGAGGUAACAUUGUGGUUAUUGUGUUUGUUGCUUGACCAAUGACGAUUGACAAAACUUGACAAACCCUAAUUAGUAUCAGGAGCAUGUAGUAGUUUAACCAAACUUACUGGGAGCUGGCACUCGAAACAGGCACUCAGUCCACCACCAGGAUUCAUGACCUCCUGUGUGGAGCAUUUCCACCACUCAAUAUAUUUAUACUGAAGAGCCCAACACGAUAUACAUGCUGAGUCAUCACAUUAAUUCCACCUCAGUUAACAUACUCAAAUCACCAGUUUAACUCAGUCAUCUGCACAUUAACAUCGAGUUGACACAGUUGCUGAUCUUAAGUUUAUCAGUUUAAAGGGCUCAGCAUGUGACAUGCAAGCUGAAGCUGGACUUUUGCUUUUUGGAAGGAUAAUUAUAACCAUUUACAUUAUUGUAUUGUACCGUAAUAAACAUUGUCAUAUUUCACCUAGAAUUGUUCAGUAAAAUGUCACAUCUCAAUUUUAGUUUGAUAGUUUUUGUCUUUUUAUCUUUCUUGUAUUCUGAAUGGCCUAAAAUAGCAGUCUCAAGCUAUUCGGAGUCUCUUCUAAAUGCUUGUAAAAUAAUGUACAUAAUUUGAUAAGUUCUGAUGUAAAAAUGUUGAUAUCACCCAGUGUCUUAUGUCUGCAAAAUUGAAAACAUGAACAAAUGUGGCAUUUGGUUUAUGUGUUUAUGUAAAGAAUAUGUGUAAUCUAUAGAUUCUGGAUUUCUUUUGUAAUCUCUUCCCUUUCUCUUCUGCCAGAAUACUGUGGAUUUGAAAAACCACGAAAGAUGUUUGCUCUGAAAGGAAUGUUUGAGUUUUUCUCAAGCAUCAUCUGUUUCUAAGCUCUUUGAACCUUUAUUCCUCCAUUUGAAAGAUCAUUUCCACGCAAGCUUCCACUGCACAUUUCCACAUAGGGUUACAAUGAUUUGACCACUAUCAUGAGAUUCUAUCUAUUAUGCUUUGUUGUUUUUUUGUAUUUUAUUCAUUAUAGAGCUGUUUGUGCGAAUGCCCUGGAAUAAAAUGAUAAUAUCAUGAAAUA